AUGCCGCCGAAUCGACGGCCACGUACUGACCCCAUCGUCCGGGUCCGCACCGGUUGCUGGUCCUGCCGACGCCGCAAGAAGAAGUGUGACGAAACCAAGCCGAUCUGUGGGGGAUGCGUCCGGAAUAAGCUCACCUGCCAGUGGCCGACCAUCAUCCCCGGAUCCAAGGCCAACAAUCUAUCCGCCAGGCCGGAGAGUGACCCACCGGGUCAACCAUCGGAAGAUGAUCAGACGAGGAUGCAGCGUGGAGCGUCCAGCUCGACGGAAUCCACCCCAUCGGAGGUAUCGCCAACUUCGGACUCCCCGGAGGAUACCUCUGUCGAGUCGGGUCCUCUGAUCUCGACCAGGCAAUCUCAGUCGAUCUCGGCAGACAGCCAAAUGGCCGUGGGAAAUGUACUCCCUCGGAGUCUGUCCAUGUUCCCUGGCCACGGUCCCGAGUCCUAUCAACUUCUGAGCCACUACUUGGCAACGACCGCCGACUGCAUGGCCAACGGUUCUACCCCCAUCAACCCAUUCUUGGUGCAGAUUGUUCCACUCGCUUUCAGCAGCGAUCUACUCCUUCAGCUGGUCCUGACACAGAGUGCUGCCCAUCGAGCGUUUCGCUCUCGCAGGGAAUCCGAUGAGGUUGCGCAGAGUCACUACACCACCGCUCUGCAGCUGUUUCGAAAAGGGGUGACCGAGUUUAUCGACGGAAAGGAGUCGAACGCGCUCAUGCUGACGGUGGGAGCGUUGGUGAUGUGCUUUACAGAGACAGCCAAAGGCGAUAUGAACGGAACGAUAUUCGACCACCUGACGGCUGCUAAUUCUCUUCUAGUCCGCCUUCUGGCGCAAAGCGAUGCAGCUGUUCCCAAAGACCUCAAAGACUUUGUCAUCGAAUAUUACACGUAUACUGCGGCCGUCAGCAUGAUCUCCAUCGAUGCCCGGGUCAGUGCCCAGCUGUUUUUGGACUUUGACCUCGAACAAAAGGCGCGACAGCUGCUGCAAUCCGAGUAUGUGGGGAACUUGUGUGGCUGCUGGAUGGAGCUGUUGUUGAUGAUCCCGUGCAUCUUCGACUUGGGUCGGCAGUGGAUGAUGCACGAUGGGCAGUCAGCUAUGCCUACUGCAGACGAUAUUGCCAUGUUUGGCUCCUUGCAAGUCCAAAUCAUGCGGUGGAUGCCAUAUGCGUCUGCGACUCCGGAGGUGUUCCUUGCGGGACGGAUCUUCCAGCAAGCGAUGCUCCUGUACCUCUAUACGUCGUUGGGCGGGUUCUCCCGAACGGACAACGGCAUGUACCAAGGAUUGAUUGACACCGCGAUUACCGACGCCAUGUCUUAUCUGGGCCAACUCUCUGCGACAGCGCGGAUUAAUUCCGGCCUGUGUUGGCCCAUCGCUGUAGUCGGGUCCUGUUUGUCCGACGCCCAACACCAAGACAGUCUACGCCAGCGGCUCACCACCAUGGUCAACACCUUUGGCCUGGGCAAUAUGCAGCGGACGCUACUUCUACUCGAACACAUGUGGCAGAUGCCGCUAGACGAGGCAGGUCCAUGGAACAUCUGCCGAGCCAUGCAACGGAAUCAAAUAUGGAUAUCGUUUGCCUAAUCAGACUAUCAUACAAUCAUCACUCAUAAUCCCGCAUCAUUGAGCCAGGUUCUUGGGGGCCUCAGUGGCCGGGCCCUCGGGGGUCACAUAGGCCUUGGUCAGGCCACCGUCGACCACAAAAUCGGCGGCAUUGACGAAGCUGCUUUCGUCGCUGGCCAGGAAGAUGACGGCGUGGGCUUGUUCGAUGGCCUCACCAAAGCGACCGGUCGGGAAGUGGACCUCGCGACGGAAGCGCUUCUCCUUGUCAUCCCCCAGCCAGUCCUGCAGCAAGGGGGUAUUGAGGGGGGCGGGGCACAGCGAGUUGAAGCGGAAACCUGCAUCGUCAGCGACCGACCACGUCGAUACGCGCUGCACUCACCUUCUCGGGCAUGCACAAUGGCCAAUUCGCGCGUCAUCGCCAAGACCGCGCCCUUACUCGCGGUGUAGGCCAGCUGCGGUGUGGCGGCACCCACCAACGCCAC